AUGGCCACAUUUUUUCAGGCCGUCGCGGAUGGCGACAUCGGUGCCAUGAACGAGUUCAUGGACGCUGAUGACUUCGACAUAGAUGCGAAGGACGCAGGCGGCUUCGCGGCGCUGCACCACGCCGCCGUGGCCGGAGAGGCGGCCGCGGGCAGCCUGCUCGUGGAGUGCAGCGCCGACGUCAACGUCUUGGACGACCAGGGCAACACCCCACUGAUGCUGGCCGGCAGACACAACAAGCGCCUGGUCGCUUCCAUGCUUCUUUGGGGCGGCGCGGACCGCGACCCGGUCAACGAGAGGGGGAACACCGCGCUGCACGAGGCAGCGGCGAGCAGGGCGCGGGACGUGGCCUGGCUCAUCGUCGAGAACGGCGGGGACCAGUGCAUGAAGGUUCAGAACAACGAGGGCAAGACCCCUCUGGACAUCGCCACGGAGGUCGGGGCGGACGAGGAGAUGCUGGAGAUGCUCCAGAAGGCGUUGGACGACGUGUCGUGA